UGUCGGAGAAGCCAUCGUCCAAUGGGCCGCCCGCGCUGGGAAUGGCCCACAGUGUUUGGUUGUUGUCGUAGAGCUGGUGUGGCGUGAUUGGCCCCCUCGAGGCAGGUGGGCGGGGUGGGGAAGCCGGACUUGGGGCUCCUCGGCGGCGUUGUCGCCUCACAGGAGCCCUGCGAUGGAUCUGCGGAAGCGGCUGGCAUGGCUACUCUGCGCCGCGGCGCUGUUGAGCUGUGGCCUAGCCACUGCGGAUGAAGAAGGUGGUCAGGAUGAGUCAUUAGAAUCAAAGACUUCCUUGCCUUCAGAAGAACAGGUCGGGGACCGCUCCACAGGAGCCCGUGUUGUCGCAGGUCAGAUCUUCCUUGAGUCAGAGGAAUCAGACUCUCCCACUGAAGAUGAAGAGCGCUAUAGGAGCCAAGACGAGGAGAAAGAGAGCAUGUUGGAGGAGCUUAACUCUCUUGAAAUGUCAAACCUAUUAAAUAAGAACUUGGAAGAUGUAGCAAGGCAGAAACCAGUUUUGACAGCCAUCGGAGGCACUGCAGACAGUGAGCCCUGCCACUUCCCCUUCCUGUUCCUGGAGAAGGAGUAUGUAGAAUGUACUGCUGAUGGGAGGGAAGAUGGCAGGCUUUGGUGUGCAACAACCUAUGAUUACAAGAGAGAUCAAAAGUGGGGCUUCUGUGAAACUGAAGAGCAGUCUAAUAAGAGAAGACAGAUGCAGGAAGCAGAGGAUGUUUACCAGACUGGGAUGAAAAUCCUUAACGAGAGCAGUAAAAAGGCACAGAAAAAAGAAGCAUAUCAGUAUCUUCUGAAAGCAGCUGACAUGAACCAUACCAAGGCAAUGGAAAAAGUGUCUUAUGCUCUAUUGUUUGGGGAUUACCUGAAGCAAAACAUCCAGUCUGCUAAAGAGCUGUUUGAGAAACUGACUGAGGAGGGAUCUCCUAAAGGGCAAACGGCUCUUGGAUUUCUCUAUGCAUCUGGCCUUGGUGUCAAUUCCAGUCAAGCUAAGGCCCUGGUUUAUUACACUUUUGGAGCUCUCGGAGGAAAUCUGAUAGCGCACAUGUUUUUAGGUUACCGGUACUGGGGUGGGAUAGGAGUCCUUCAGAGUUGUGAAUCUGCUCUCACUCACUAUCGACUUGUGGCUAAUCAUGUGGCUAGCGAUAUAUCUCUGACAGGAGGCACAGUUGUGCAGAGAAUUCGCUUGGCAGAUGAAGUGGAAAAUCCAGGAAUGGCCAGUGGGAUGCUGGAGGAAGAUUUGAUUCAAUAUUACCAGUUUCUAGCAGAGAAAGGAGAUGUACAAGCACAGGUUGGCCUUGGGCAAUUACAUUUACAUGGAGGAAGAGGAGUGGAGCAAAAUCACCAGAGAGCAUUUGAAUACUUCAACCAAGCAGCUAAUGCUGGUAACUCGCACGCCAUGGCCUUUCUAGGAAAGAUGUAUUCGGAAGGAAGUGAUAUCAUACCCCAGAGCAAUGAGACUGCUCUUCAGUAUUUCAAGAAAGCUGCUGAUAUGGGUAAUCCAGUUGGACAGAGUGGGCUAGGAAUGGCUUAUCUGUAUGGAAGAGGAGUUCCAGUGAAUUAUGAACUGGCAUUAAAGUAUUUCCAGAAGGCUGCAGAACAAGGCUGGGUAGAUGGACAGCUUCAGCUGGGCUCCAUGUAUUACAAUGGCAUUGGAGUGAAGAGAGACUAUAAACAGGCUUUGAAAUAUUUUAAUUUGGCCUCCCAGGGUGGUCAUAUUCUGGCUUUCUAUAACCUGGCACAGAUGCAUGCCACUGGCACCGGGGUGAUGCGCUCCUGUCAUACUGCUGUUGAGUUAUUUAAGAAUGUAUGUGAACGAGGGCGCUGGUCUGAGAGACUCAUGACUGCCUACAAUAGCUAUAAAGAUGGUGAUUCAAAUGCUGCUGUGGUUCAAUAUCUCCUGUUGGCAGAACAAGGCUACGAAGUGGCACAGAGCAAUGCUGCCUUCAUACUUGAUCAGAAAGAGGCCAGCAUAGUAGGAGAGAAUGAGACUUAUCCCCAAGCCUUGCUGCAUUGGAAUAGAGCAGCCUCCCAAGGUUAUACUGUUGCUAGAAUUAAGCUUGGAGAUUACCAUUUCUAUGGCUUUGGUACCGAUGUUGAUUAUGAAACUGCAUUUAUUCACUACCGACUGGCAUCAGAGCAACAGCAUAGUGCCCAAGCCAUGUUUAACCUGGGAUACAUGCAUGAGAAAGGACUGGGCAUCAAACAGGAUAUUCACCUUGCAAAACGCUUCUAUGACAUGGCAGCUGAAGCCAGCCCAGAUGCUCAAGUUCCUGUCUUCCUAGCACUCUGUAAACUCGGGAUUGUCUACUCCUUGCAGUAUGUACGAGAAACCAAUGUCAGAGAGAUAUUGUCACAUCUUGACAUGGACCAGCUGUUGGGACCUGAGUGGGACCUUUACCUUAUGACUAUCAUCGCUUUGCUCCUAGGAACAGUUAUAGCUUACAGACAGAGGCAACAUCAAGCUAUCCCCAGACCGGCAGGGCUGCGGCCAGCUGUGCCGCAACAAGAACCUCCACCAGAACAUCAGCCGCCACAAUAGCAGCAACCGGAAUCUCAAUGAAAAGAACUGUAUUCUCCAGCAGAAACUAUUUUCAUUGUGAUUUAGAACAGAUCAAUGGUCCUUUCCCUUCAAAAGAGGCUCAAAGAAGCAUAAAAUUCUGAAAGCUGCUUAGAAUGAUGCCUUUUUUCAGGGAUAAGUAACUUUUUCUAGACUGAUUUGAAUGUUAUUUCAGUGCCAAUGGAAUAACACAAUGGCUUUUUUCGUGAAACACAAAUGUGCUACUACAAAAGUGAUGCCUGCUAUAUCCAAUUUCUCUUUAUUCAAAGUCCUUUUUCAUCAUCUCUUAAAGUGUGUGGAAAACAUUGGCUAACAGGAGCUGACCCAUGUAGAAAGAAAAAAAUGUUGGAAGGCUGAAAACCUGAACUCUGCUCUUCUGAGUAAAAAAGAGAUCCUCUAGAACUGUGAGAGAAUUUUUUUUUCUUGUCUGCAUCCCAAGUAUUCCUAUAGACCUUAUUUUAAUUAUUCUUUAAUUAUUUUAAUUAUUCACCGUUCACGUAGUCUCAUUAUUUGCCUUUGAUGUUUUGACCUGAAUGUUUCCAUUCAGAAGAAGCAAAAACAAAAGCAAAAUCUGUAACUAGUGAGCAAAUUUCUUGUUCUUUGUGAUUUGCACUUUUGGGGUUUUGUUUUUUCCUUGCAGCAUACAUUUUUGCUAAUGGCCAAUCUCUAUUCCAGAAGGCAAAUAGGGAUAGAUUGCAUUUGUAAAAUAAAAGAAUGAUUUAAAAAAUCCUCCACAGAAUGUUCUCCACAAACAUUUGGAAAAGUGGUGAAUAUUUUCUUGUAGCCUCUGUGCAACUUGUGGGAUUUCUUAGCACAAGAGCAAAAAGGCAAUUUGUUAGUCUUCCUGCUUUAUUUUUUUAUUCUUGUCUCUCUAGUAAGGAGAGAAUGGUUAACCGUAGAAUGCAGCAAGAAUUAGUAUUAAGAAAAGACUUUGAUGGGGGGGACAUAGCCAGAAGCCUUCUCAGCUCAGUUAUAGGCAGACUAUUUUUCUAGUGUUUCUUUUAUUAAAAGGUGGGACUCUCAUGUUUCUCCAGCUAGUCUUACAACUUCAGCAGUCCAGUCAGUAAGUACAAUGGAAAUGACCUGUAUCACAAGGUCUUUAUGCAGCUAAAAUCUACAUAUCUUGCUACAUACAUAGUGGGUGCAGCAGAGAAUCGGCUCUAUCUGCUGAGCACAUCUAAAUGAAGGGGGUACAAAGGGGUGAAUUCCAGCUCCCUACUAUUGGAGCUGGAUUUUCAUCAGCAUUGCUGCACUUCAGAGCGGCCUAAGAACUGCUCGGAAAUGUGCCGGCUGGUAACAGCCCCCCACUGAAACACAGGAGCAUCUAGAGUGGAGGUGGUCCUAAUGGAUUAUGGCUCCUUCAUGUCACCAGAGCAGUGCAAAGGUGCCACCCUGGGGUAGAGAAUCUGACCUAUAAACUCAAGGUUCUUGUUUUGUAAAAUUCUUGAUAGUUGUUUUAAGUGAUCAUAACCAUUUGGAAGCUAAAUGCACGAAGUAAAUAUGGGAGAACAGCUUUCGGGGGGGAAGAAGGCAGAAAUCUGUAUUCCUUUUUCUCAGUAGCAGAUAUGGAUAUUUGUUUCCAAAUUAACGCUAUACCCUGUGGAUACACUAUUUUAAAGCAAAAUGAAAUUUCAAUAUUCAAGACUCUGAUGCUUCCUCUAGAUCGUACAUUGUGCAUUUAAAGAGUUAACUGCUUCCUUUUUAAAGGCUUUUGUUCAGUAGAUCAGCAUUUAAGAAAGAACCAGCCUGUAUGAAAAGGCUUCGAAACUGUGAGAUCGUUUUGUACAUAAUGUAUUAUAAAGAGUUGAAUGGGCAAGGUCUCUUUGCAGUUAACUCAUUGCAUUUUGGGAGAAGGGCUAAAUAUUCUUUUCUGGAAGCUAAUGUUUUGUGGCUGACUGCAGUAUUAUGAAUGCAGAAAAAACUUUUAGAUACUCCAAGAGCGUGGAGUCAGAAUCUCACUAGGUCUUCAUGGGAGUUGCAUUCUGGGGCAGGAGGAUGUUUCAAUUCUGUUUGAGAGGGAACAGUAUUGAAUUUCUACAUGGUCUGAUUAAAAUGUAUAGCAGUCCAAUACCUGCAUUAUUUUAAAAAAAAAAUUCAGUGAACUUCCAGACCUUUUCCCUCUGCAGUAUUUUACCUCUUCCCUUGAUUUUGUAGAUCUCUCUAGCUCAGCAUGAGGUAGUUAAAGGCUGGAUGGAAAACAUUUUCCAAUUCACCACCACUGAAUGCAUUGUGUAUCCAUAAUCUAAUAGAGCUAAAUUCUAAUGGCUUAAUCCUAGCUAUGUGGUUUAUAACAGCAGUCUUUCGUAGCUGGCUUUGCACAUAGCUGACACAUUUUACAUUAAAGAAAUCAACAGAAGGAAAUAUAUCAUCAAAACAUUUUUUCAUUUUAUAGAAUUGCCUUUUGAGAAGUACAACAUAAGCAAUAAGGAAGUUUUCCCCUACUGUUGACCAUCGCUUAAUCUUGUCAAAUGGCAUCCAUUUGAAUAAAGUGAUAAUAGCAGAAACUAGUUAAUAUGAAUAACAUCAAACUAACUCAGGGAUUAAAGAAAUAUGAGUAAAUUUUCUAAGUCCACUGCCUACAAGGUGGUUCAGUUUUUCUGACAAUCCCUUACUGUUCUGCUCCAAACUUUGCAGCAUAUUUUUGCUUCUUACAAAAAUAAGACUUAGUAAUAUUGAAUUAUUUCAGGUUGUGCACACAGUUUAUCAACCAGUUCUUUCAAUUUCCUAAGUAAGUAGGAGUGGGUUUUUAAUUAUCUUGCUGGUAUUUGUUUUUAUAGAGCAUCUUUUCAUUUUUAGUGGCACACCUUGUCUUUCUAGUUGUGUGCAAGAGCAAUUUGAAGGGGGAUUGGGUUUAAAAUAAAAUUCAGUUGAUCACUUGGUGUGGCAGUUCAUUCAAAUUCUGUUUCUAAUUCAAUGAAGUUAUGUUGCUAAAGUUGCAUAUGCACCUGCCUAACUCUGAAGGCUAAUAUGCGAGUUCUGACUACUUCACCACUGGGAAGUUAGGUAACUUCAGUCAGAAAUAAGUGAUAAUUUGAGAUUGUACUUGGUUAAAAAUCUACUGACCCUAAAUUCUGCUUGGUUUAUUUUCCCUUAUAUUUCUUUUCUCUCAUUCUUUAUUCUGGAAGCUUGAAUGAGAACAGGGUUUCUGAAUGUGAACCAUAGUGUGUUUUGAGGGUUAAAUAAUUUUAUAGCCGCCCCCCCCCCCACACACACACACCCGGCAGUGUUUUAAGUGCAAACUUUACCUAUGUAAUCUUCCCAGUGCUUACUGUUCUGAACAGUAGAGUACCCAAAUGCCAUCAGUGGGAGUUCUACAUGUGGAAAGAAAUUAGGAAGAUGAAGAUCUGAGGAGACAAUUUUAUUCCAGUGACCUCAAAUCACUAACCUUAUGUACCUAUCAACUUAAAAAUGUUGCUUGUAAUUUGAAAACAAAACUCUUAAAUAGUUGAUUUAACUGCCAAGUUGAGAAUUUAGGAUUCUGUCAUGUACCUUUUCCUUGGUGAUGUUUGUCCAAGGGUCUGCUUACAUCAGUUGUCAUUAUUCAUUUGUUUGGAAAUAUUUCACCCUAUGACUAAUAAUUUUAAAUGGGGAAUAAGUAGUGGAAGAAAGGAGCUUGUGUUAAUACAAAUGUCCUUAAUCAUUUUUUCAAAACAUAAAAGUGAAACUUUUUCCAUGAGACUUUGGUUGUUGUGAUAAACUUGCUGAAGUAAAACUCAUCAACCUGUCUUUCCGUGUGACUUUUCAAGAAGGUUAAAUGUAUUGUCAGAGCAUUUAUAGUGUUCAAAAAUAUUAUGUACCAAUCCUGUUGCCAUCAAUAUACCAAUUAAGUUUGGCACAUUGUUAUUACAGGGGAAAGCUCAACUUCACCAACUCUUUCCUUUUUAAAUAAGCAACCAUAAGAUGAUAUUUAUGUUUGGGUUCCAGAAAAUAUUCACAAAUAUACAACAAGGAAAAGGCUUAGUAUGACUUGAGAAUUACUACAAGUGCAUAAAGGCAGGCAAGGGCUACUGGCAGAAGUCCUUUUUGUCUUUAUCAGCUGCAGCUGUUAAGAGGGUAUUGUAGGGAUUUUUAAAAUUUAUUUUGUAUUUAAGGAAAUGCAGUAUAAAGGCUGGUAAAGUGUAAUAUAAUUGUGUAAACAAAUUAUGUUAAUAGAAAGAUGUACAGAUUCAUUUUGUACUGUGUCUUUAAUCCUGUGAAAUAAAGUUACACCUCUGUAUGCUGUAA